GGCCGGGAGGGCCCGCGGCCCCGGGGACCUCCUGCCCCUGCCGACGGGCGGGCCCGGACCGUGGCACCCGGCCGCUCUGCCCGGGGCUGCGUUCCGGCGAGGGCAGGCCCCGACAGCGGGGCCAGGGGGACGCGACGCCCCGGGCCGCCCCAGCGCCGCCGCCGCCGCCGGCCUCUCCCCACACCGAGGCCCGUCGCGCUGGGGUGACGUCGGCGGCGCCGCGCGCGGCGCUGAGGGAAGGAGGAGGCGGCGGCGGCGGCGUCCCGCUCCCGCCGGUCCCCGGGGAGUCGCCUCAGGUCUUUGCAUGAAACCAGAGACCCAGACUGUAGCUGCUGUAACCUGACAAGUUGAUUUGAAAUGGAGAGCAUUACGCAGUUGUUCAAUGAUCUGUGUGAAGCGCACUUGACAGGUUUGCCAUGGAAGGUCCACCUGGGCAGGCGGAAGAUCAGCAAGAAAAGGGCUAAGCAAAAUCUGAAAAGGGUUGCUUAUAAUGCUCUGUUCAUAAACCUUUUCCAAGAUGAGGCUCGUAAGCUGCAAUCAAACGUUUCCAGGCUUCCGGUGAAAAACAAAAUUUUGAUGCUGUCUUUCAACUUGAGGGUUGGUGGCCUAGGUGCUCAAGCGGAUAGACUGGAGAAUCUCGUGGAGGAACUGGAAACAAUGGAAUGCUUACCGUUUACUGAAGUUAAUUCUGUCUUGGAUCUCUUAGUACAGCUCGCUGGAACAGGUCCUCCUCAGCUUGUACCACAAAAAAGGGACUAUUUUCUGAACAACAAAUAUGUUGGGAGAAAUGUCAAGUAUCAGGGUUAUGAUUAUUAUGAUGUAAGUGUAUUUGAAGCUGAUAUACAAUCUCUAAUAACCAAUGAAGAAUGUCAGUUCAAUGACACAAUUCAAAAGACGCUUCAGAUAAUGGAGGCUGCACCUGGCACUGGACUCCCUGCCAUAGGGAUGUUCUCCCAGAACUAUCCUGCUGGUGACAAGUUUGAGAAAGAAACACGGGUUUCCCUCUUUGGUGCUCUUGUCCAUAGCCGUACGUAUGAUAUGGACAUCAAGUUGGAUUUACCACCAGUGCCUGACAAUGCAGAUUUGUCUGGACUUGCAAUUAAAGUUCCCCAAAGUAUAGACCAGUCAGAAGAUGAGGGAUUCCAGUCAGCAUCCAAUCUGACUCCUGAUUCUCAGUCAGAGCCAAGCAUGACUCCAGACAUAGACUUGUGGGAUGCAGUGCUUACAUAUGGACCCAGCAAACGACGAUGUUGGGAAAGAAUUGGAUACCCACCUGGUAAAAAAGAGGAACCCUAUCUUACUGAAGCUGGGAGAGAAGCUUUUGACAAAUUUUACAGACUUCGAGAAGGGGAAUUGCAACUGUUUAGUAAUACUGUACUUCAGCUUCCACAGCUUGUGCUGAUGAAAGAACCUGAGCUCGUUAAGGAUGUCUUGAAUGUCCUCAUUGGUGUGGUAUCCACUACAUUUUCACUCAAUCAGGCUGCUCAGACAUUUGUGAUAAAGGAGGGGGUAUAUGUGUCUGGAACUUCACCGGAGACAAUGCACAACCUGCUGUCAGAAGUUGCAGAGUAUGGAACCUAUUACACACGCCUGAGUCGUUUUUCUCUUCAGCCGGUUUUAGAUUCUUCAUACAGCAAAGGCCUUGUGUUUCAGGCGUUCACAAGUGGGCUGAGGAAGUAUCUUCAGUAUUACCGAGCCUGUGUUUUGUCAACACCUCCUACUUUAAGUCUUCUGACGAUCAGCUUUCUCUUCAGAAAAUUAGGUCGUCAGUUGCGGUAUUUAGCUGAACUUUGUGGCAUAGGAACAACAGCGCUGGGGAUCAGUGGUGGAGCUGGUGCUUCAUUUCCCACGGGUGUUAAAUUGCUUUCGUAUCUGUACAAAGAGGCUCUCAACAACUGUAGCAAUGAGCAUUAUCCAGUUCUUCUGUCUUUGUUGAAGACAAGCUGUGAACCAUACACAAGAUUUAUCUACGACUGGGUAUACAGUGGUGUAUUCAGAGAUGUUUAUGGAGAAUUUAUGAUCCAGGUGAAUGAGGAUUAUCUUUGUUUCAGAGAUAAACAUUACUGGACUCAUGGUUAUGUUUUGAUUUCAAAAGAAGUAGAAGAUUGUGUCCCUGUAUUUCUUAAACAUAUUGCUAAUGAUGUGUACAUAUGCGGGAAAACCAUAAACUUGCUGAAAUUGUGCUGUCCUAGGCAUUAUAUAUGUUGGUCAGAUAUACCUGUUCCCCGGAUUUCAGUUAUUUUUUCGCUUGAGGAACUGAAAGAAAUAGAGAGAGAUUGUGCAGUGUACGUAGGUCGAAUGGAAAGAAUUGCCCGAUACAGUUCCAUAAGCAAGGAGGAAAAGGAUUUGCGCAUGGAAAUAGCCAAACAAGAAUUAAUUGUUCAUGCACGAGAAACUGUUAGCAAAGUACUAAAAGCCAUUAAUGAUCGACAAAUAUCAGAACGAAUGGCUUUGGAUGCAAAGAAACGGGAACAGUUUCAGAAAUUGAAAGAGCAGUUUGCAAAAGACCAAGAGCGUCGCCUUGCAAUAAAGCAAGAGGAGAUUGAUGAUGAUUUCAGCUAUGCCCGAGAGCUCAGAGAGAGAGAAAAAAGACUGAAAGCUUUAGAAGAAGAACUGGAAAAGAAGGCAAGGCAGGAAUUAAUUGACCAUUAUAGCAAACUUUCUGAUGAUGCAGCCCGUAGGGAACAAAGAGCGUUAUGGAAAAUCCAGCGACACAAGUUGGAAACAGCCCGUCUUAAGUUUCUAUUAGAAGAUCAAAAACGCAUCGAGGAAAUGCUUGAAAAACUUCCAGAUGGAAACUACAGGAGAAAAUUAGAUAUUCUUCCUUAUAAACAGUGCCAGUUGGCUUUAGACAAAAACCCUGUUGGGAAAGGUCCACAGUCAGAGGUGUCUUCUGUGAAACCUCUGCAUUCUGAUGAGACAGUUGGCAGAAAAGAAUCUGAACCUGGACUGGAAUAUGCUACUUCUGCCGACAAUGCACUGCCCAUGCCAGAGCCCACAAAUAAUAAUGCUGAUCAGCAUUUUCAACCUAAAGCAGCAGGAUCUGAAAGCAGUCUCCAAAGUCCAGAGAAAGCAUGCAGUCCUCUGUACAGUGCUGAUUCCUUGCCUGAAUCCAAUGUGAAUAUAGAAGAUUUCUUAUCAAAGCCACAAGAUGAACAACCUGUUGCCAUUAGCGUACAAGGAUCUUUGCUAGAUGAGGCAUUCCGAAAUAUUAACUCAGAUCUUUCUGAGACGUCUCAGGUAAGUGAAAAUCAGCCUGUCUUGAGAGGAGCGCUGGAAGAAGACAGUGCACCAUUGCAUCAGCAAAAUGAGUAUGAUUUUAAUACAGUUCUCAGACCAUCUGCAGCUUGGCAGGGACAUGUUAGAGUUGGAGAAAAUGUAUGUGAUGUGGAGUACAGAAGGCCUCGAUGGAAUAUUCAUGGACAUGCAUCUGAUGCCAGCAUUAGAGUGGGAGAAUAUGUACCUCAUGUGGACACUAAUCAGCCACGUUCAAGUCCUUAUGGGCAUUCUUCAGAUUCCCAUAUAAAAAUCAGCAGCUAUACUUCUGAAGUUGAAUCUAGCCGACCGCGGUGGAAUAUUCAUGGGCAUGUUUCUGAAGCUCAUAUUAAAAUUGGGGAAUAUGCUUCAGAAGUAGAGCCCUCAAGGCCUAGGUGGAACAUUCAUGGACAUGCUUCAGAAGCCAAUAUUAAGGUUGGAGAGUAUGUGUCAAAUGUAGCUUCUACAAGGCCUCGAUGGAACGUCCAUGGUCAUGCAUCUGAUGCCAAUAUCAAAAUUGGUGAAAAUGUGUCAGAGGUGGUCUCAGCUAGACCUCGUUGGAACAUCCAUGGGCAUGCUUCACAGUCGCACAUCAAAAUUGGAGAACUGGUUUCAGACACAGAGCCUUUGAAAUCUCGUUGGAGCCCGUUUGGUCACGCAUCUCAGUCAAGCAUCCAAAUAGGGAAGUGGGCCCCAUCUACAGAAAAUGAUCCAAUACCUCAUCGUAAAACUAUUUUGGGUCCUUCAUCUGACUCCACAGUUCAGACACUUCUGUACAGUGAAGAAUUACCUCCUGAUGAAGGGAGCAGAAAGGAAGCAAAAACGUCACAAGUUAAGGAGAAGACUUUGCCGCAGUUGCAGUCAUCUGACAGUGUUCCAGUAUUUACUGAUGCUAAUGUUAAAGAUGACAAAAAGGAAAAUAUAAUGGAAGAGAAACAAGAAGUAAUUGCAAAUGUGGUCAACAAGGACCCUUCUCCAGAUUCCUCACAGAGUUUACAGGCAGAAGAACCUGAAAAAGCAAUUCCAAAAGAGACCGUGACUGAGGAAACUUCAUUUUCUGAAGCUAAUGCUCCCAAGGCGAAGGAGGAGGAAGAGGGAGAGGAAGAUACAUGGAAGAAAGAACAAGCUUAUUUGAAAGCCUUAUCGGAUCAGUAUUGUAUUGAAAAAUAUCAAGAUAGUUACGAUUUGAUGUCAGAACUGCCAGUUUCCCAUCUCUUGCAUCAUGUGAUACCGAGAUCGUACACUUUUCCUGUGGAUCCUAUGGUACAGUCAGCAACAGAUGAAACAGCUGUACAGCUGAGUGAGCUCUUGUCUCUGCCAGUGCUGAUGAAGCGUUCUAUUACUGCUCCACUUGUAUCUCAUGUUUCUCUUGUGAACAAAGCAAUAGUUGAUUACUACUUUGUGGAACUGAAUGUAGAGAAGCAUUUUGAAGCACUGAGACACUUUUUGUUAAUGGAAGACGGGGAGUUUGCUCAGUCACUCAGUGACCUGUUGUUUGAGAAGCUUGGAUCAGGACAAACACCUGGUGAAUUGCUGAAUCCACUGGUUCUUAAUUCUAUCCUAAAUAAAGCAUUACAGUACAGUCUUCAUGGUGACACCCAGCUUGCUUCCAAUCUUUCUUUCGCCCUCAAGUACCUUCCAGAAGUGUUCAAGCCCAAUGCGCCUGAUGCUCUGAGUUGCUUAGAGCUAAGGUACAAGGUUGACUGGCCUCUGAACAUUGUCAUUACUGAGAGCUGCAUGAACAAAUACAACAAGAUCUUCUCCUUUUUGCUUCAGCUGAAGCACAUGGUGUGGACUCUCAAGGAUGUUUGGUUUCACUUAAAACGCACUGCUUUAGUGAGUAGUGCAUCAAAUUCUGUUCAGUUUCGACAGCUCCAGCUGUAUAAACAUGAAAUGCAGCAUUUUGUGAAAGUUAUUCAAGGUUACAUUGCCAAUCAGAUUCUUCAUGUUACAUGGUGUGAAUUCGGAAACAAACUGUCUUCUGUAGGCAACCUGGAAGAAAUUCACAGAACACACGCUGAAUACCUCAACAAAGCAAUCUUCAGGGGUCUGUUGACAGAGAAGGCAGCCCCUGUGAUGAACAUUAUCCAUAGCAUCUUCAGCCUCAUUUUGAAGUUCCGCAGCCAGCUGAUCUCCCAGUCGUGGAGCUUCGACACAGGGAAGCAAAUGGCUGUUCAUCCCAACUUUGGUCUGAUGCAGCAGUCGUACAAUACCUUCAAGUAUUACUCCCACUUCUUAUUCAAAGUGGUAACAAAGCUUGUAAAUAGAGGAUACCAACCGCAUUUGGAGGACUUUCUACUGCGAAUCAACUUUAAUAACUACUACAAGGAUAACUGAACUCUAUAGAGUAAGGAUCACAAAUAGCAUGGUAAACCAGAAACAAACCUAUGUGCUUAUCAUUUAUAGAAUCUUAUGCAAAUGCCAUGCAAGAGGCAUUUAUCUUCAGUGAAAUAACCUUGAAGUAUAUAACCACCACAUACAGAGAAUGAUGCUUCUUAAAAUCCACCACACCUACCAGUGUUUUGAUCUACUGAGAAUUGAUGUUGUCAUUAUUGCAAAGAUAGAGAAGCUGAGUGCCUGGUCCUGACAGGGGAGAGUGCAAAACUGUAUAUUUGUGAAUGUGUAAAUGUUGUAUUUUCAGUGUUGUGAAUUUCCUCCAAUGUAAAUACAUGUAUGUGAAAUAAAUUAACAGAUACUUUCUAAAAUUGUUGAGAGAUGAGUAUGAGGUGCAAAUAUUCAGACACACAUAAAUGUGUGUUUAAGACACAUAUGAUGUGUUUUAUUUUCAAAUUGCUGUUAAUUCUCAAUCUCAACGUAACUGAUUUCUUCAAGGCCAUUGGUCACAGGGGAAGGCGGCAUGAUAAAAACACCUUGCAGUGAGGCUGUGUCCUGGGAGAUACAGUAUUUGACUAUUCAAGCACUUGGUAAUUAUUGCAUCACUUGUGCCAAACUUUCUUUAUCCCUCACUUAACCUUACACCUUAUUUUGUGGUGAUUAUGUAAAACAGAUAAAAUGGAAAUUCAGCAUCACUAAAGUGAAACAAAUCUGAUUCCAAAUAGAUUCUGACUACUGCUUUCAACUGCAGGAUCACAUUUGCAAUUUGCUAAUGCUUUUCCUUCUCCUUGAUGUUUUCUUUUUUUCCUUUCUAUAUUGUGAAAAGACACAAUUGAACUAUUUACUUCAUGGGAUGAAAAUGUUCUAGAGAGACAGUAUGCUUUGAAAUUUUCAGCUUUGCAAUACGUUGAUUUUGAGAUUCUGCAGUCCCUUAAAAUGUGGAUCUAGUCCUCAGGAGCUCAUUGUCUGAUUAACGGCCACUUAUUUAAAAGUAUAGGCACCACUAGCAUAUUAGCAGUACUGAAUAUGAUUAUUUUCUGAUGAUGUGUAGGUAGCUUUAUGUAUUAUUUUUUUUCUGAAAUAGAAAUUAGGCAUUAGAGUCAGAAUAUAGCAACUGUAAAGUUGACCUGAGUGUUUCUGCUCCUGCUCUGCCACCAAAGUCAGUGUAAGAAUGUGGUAACGCACAGUUGUAAUGCACGCCUUCGUUAUCUGUGCUGUAUGUAAUUAACUAGCUUCCUUCUGUUCUACAGAGUAGGAGAUUGAAAGAGCAGGUGGCUUGCAGAUUGAACUGUUCUGUUGCCUGGGCAGGUGGAGAGCUGGUUGUUUACCUUCAGGAACUUCCCAGGCCAGGUGUGUAAGUGCCAGCUUGCCUUCUGAUGCAGACUGAUGCCUUGUCCUGGGGCACGACUCCCCACUAGAGAGCAGCCGUGCAGCUGCUGCAGGGAGCGAGUGGCUGCCCCCGGCGCUUGGCAUGACAGUUGGAAGCUUAAAAAGACAAAGUUUUAGCUUUCCCGUGAACCCAGUGUGACUCCUGAGGAGGUCCACACCGCCUGCCUGCAGUCAGCACUCCGAAAUGCCUCAGGUGCCUUAGCUGGCCCUUGAUGUAGGCAGCGAAGAGAGAGUAGAAAGAGGGAAGAGAGAAAAUGUGAUUCAGAGCACCUGAAUUAAAUUCCUGGCACUGUUACACAAGAGGAGCAGCCCUCUGCCUGUUGACUUCUAAAGGAGUCCUAUCUGAUGAAGGAAAAGGCUAGCAAGAUUAGCAACAGCUACAAAUCAGAGACUUCUCAGUGCAGGCUGUGAGUAGUGCUCUGCAUCGUCCCACUGCAUAUAACACAAGAUUCCCUGGUACGGCGUGAUAAAACUAGCCUGCAUUGCUACAGUUG